UCCCGCAAAAUCCCGGGCACGAAAAAAUUGGUCCUCAAAAAAUUCAAAUUAAUAUCCUCCAACCAAAAACAAAACAAAAACCUCCCUCCUCUGUGAAAACCCCCCAAAAACCAAACAUCUCUCUUCCUCCCCCUUCUGGACGUGAAAAUGGAGAAUUACCCACCCCAAGAGGUGAUUUUCUCGUCAUCUCCACCACCGGCGUCCCCUCCGAAAUCUCCUCGCUUCAUCCACCGAAAAUAUCACGGGGCCAUUUUCUUCAACAGAUCAGUUCGUCCAAUAAGGACGGAGAUGAACUUGGGCCACACGGAUUACUUGACACCUCUGGAGGAUGGCGAGAUAUUGGACGAGCUGGAAUUCUCAGAGCUGAAAAAGUUAAUGCUGAACCCGAAAUGUGCCCCAGAGGUGGCAGAGAAUCUGAUCAUGUAUCACCCCGACGCGGUAGACUUCAUACCCGCUCACAUUCCCCAGUUCAGCGAUACAGCCCACCUAGACAAGAGGUUGAGGGUGUUCAUAAAAUGGCUGCUAAUGAAGGAGGUCGGGGCCGAAAUGGAGGAGAGGGAGUUGCUACAAAACCUGGGACCAUGGAUAGACCCAGGGAUUCUGUUUCCCCUGGAAAGGCUAAUUAUCCGGGUAAAAUUUCUAUCUCAGAAAAUAUCGUGUCUGGGCAACACAAAUGCUCUAGUGGAAGCAAGAGUUGUACCUCCUUGCAAACAACUCCAAAUCACGACAUAUUGGGAAGAGGGAAAAGGGAAAGAAGACCCUCUCGAAAGUGUGAUGGAUCUUUGGCCCAGAAACGGGUUGUGGAUGUGCCCGUUCUCGGGACAGGAGGUGAACACGGUGGAGGAUCGCGAAACACCACUGUUUCGGACCCUCAUGGCGCGCCCUCUUGUGCCGAUUAAUAUGUCGGUCUUGUUUUGGAACUCUCGGGGAAUUAGCCGGCCCGAGUUUAAGAACAAUUUCCGGCACUUGUUAGAUACUCACAACCCGGAUAUUGCUGUUCUUGUUGAAACACGUACAUGCAAGCAGAAAACUUCCGAUAUCUUACGUGAAUUCCAUGAGCUCUAUUGGCAUUUGGUUCCCCCGGUUGGCUUCGUGGGUGGCAUCCUCAUUAUGUGGAAUCCUGAACGAGUUGGGCUUCACAUUAUGGGGGGAAGUGCUCAAGGUGUGCAUGCCCUUGUGGAGGGAUUUGUGCAGGAGACUGAGUAACGUGAGCAUCAUCUAUGUGCCUAGGAGGGACAAUGCAGUGGCCGACAGUCUAGCCAAGGAAGCCCGUAAAAGUGAUGAAGAAGUGAAUGUAACUCGAACAUUUCCCCAUCCCCCGAGUUAUACUAUUAACAACUUCGUAGCGGAUUGUAAUAACUUUAUUUUUACAACUAC